AUGAAGAGUGAGAAUUUAAGCGAAGAUCCAAAAAAUAUCCCUGAGGCGAAACAACAUGGAGAUACAUUCACAAGCAGGGAAAACAACGUGAGUGAGGUAAGCGCGACAGCCAUGAAGAAGGAAGAUGAGAAAGAAGCACCAAUUAAAGGAGAACAUGGAAAUCCAAAAAAAAGGGGAAUAGAAGAAAAUGGAGAAAAUUCUUUUAGCCCGUCGUCUCCUUCUCAUGUAAAGCGGAAAAAGGAAUCGAAAGAGGAGUCACACCAACAGGGGGAAGAACACAUAAAACGCCUCAGCGAAAACGGAAGGAAGAGGGGGGAUGAACCAGAUGAAGGAGAAUUAAAGAACAGUCGCAAAAACAAGAAUGGAGAGAAAAAAAUAAUCAUCGACAAGAAUAAUCUUUUCCACGAAAUAAACUUGUUGAUAAAAAAAAAAUUAAAAAUUAAUGAUGCAAUAAAAAUUGACUUAUUUUAUAGAGACAAUUGCACACAGAUAAAGCCCUACGCCAUUUUUGACGAAUACAAAUAUGUUAAUAUAGAAAAUAAAAUUAACUUAGAGAUUGUAAAUUUUUUGGAGAGGAGCUUACAAAGUGACAGGAGGGACUUCCUCUCCAUACACAGCAGUGUGGUGGAGCUGCGAGGCAGCUUCAAUGAUGAGCUAAUCAACCUUCCAAUUCUUAAUCAAAUUAUUCUGCAGAAAAUUAGUAACAAUAAUUACAAGUACAAAUUUAAUAUCGACACAGAGAUGCUGAACUACAUCUAUGUCGAUCUCUUCAAAAUUCAUAAAAGUAAAUAUAAGUUCAGAAUUUUGGAAAAGAAAUAUGAAUUAGAGGAGUGGUACUACUACGACACAAGGAGGGAUCGAGACAAGGGUGGGGCCACCGCUCAGAUGAUUGGAGAGGCAGCUGAUGCAGAAGAAGGCCACGUGUCGCACAACAAAUCGGCGGAUCAAAAGCGUGAAGAAGAGAAGAACGAUGAUCAGACACGCAACGAAAGAGCGAGUGAGCCAAGCCAACUGGAGGAGAACAGCACAUCCAGCGAAUCGAACGAGAGUGAUGCACUGAUUAAUUUGUAUAAUGAGGAAAAGAAGAAGGAGGAGAUGCAUUUGCUGAAUGGGAAAACGAGGAAGAAAAAGAAGAGAAGGAAGAAGAGGAAAAAAAAAAUUGUUGAUAAAGACAAGGUCUACAUUGAAAAGUUAAAAAAGCUAGUGGAAGAGGACAGUGAUCAUGAAGCUAAUGCCACGUCAAGUGACCACAACUCUGCGGAAUCGGAUGACUCGUCUAAUGACAGAAAUCAGAUUUUGUAUAGGAGAAAAAUAAUAUACUCGAGGGAUGGCGACAGGACGGUCAUAAGCGCGUUUAAGGAGAUUGAAAGCGACACCGUCUGUGUUUAUUACCCUAAUAGUUCGUACAACCAGUGUCUGAAUUUGAGUUCGUUUGAGCCUUUGCUAGGGGGGGAACCCACCACGGGGGUCGACGCAACUGAGGCUGCCUCCACUGAAGUGCCUUUCCCCGAUGGUGCGAACCGACCCAGCACACACCGCCGCAAGUACGACAUAUAUCAGCACAAAAAUGGGCAAAGCGCCGUGGGAAUCGGCGUGGGAGUCAUCGCGGGGAGUCACGCGACAGAACCGCCCAACCUGCGGGCCCUGGACGAAGAGAACAUCAAGAUAAAGAAAAGAAACGUGAGGGACAUCUCGAUUUACAAUUUCUGCUGCGACGACAAGUACAAGGGAUGCAGUCUAUUUCUACAUGUGGCCAAGAAUAAAAAAUUGAAAAAUGUGAAGAUAGACUACAACAUUGACUACUCCGAUUUUUCCAACAAUUUGGACAUCAUCAAAAUGUACGAAGUGAAGGGCGAGGCUAGUUCCAAUGUCAAGGGUGGAGAAAAUAGGCGAAAAGACCUGGGGAAGCUGUUCGAGCUUGAGAAGGACUGGAAGGUGAACGUGGAUAUGUACAUCGACAUUGAGAGGGUUGUGCGCGAGUUCAGGAAACGGGGCGAGGGGAGUGAGAUCGGCGAGAUGGACCAGAUUGGUGGAGUCAGCGGCGGAGUAGGUGGCGGCGGAGACGGAGACCGAUGUGGCAAUCGCCGUGACAAAUUCGACCAGCAAGGACCUCGCUCCAACAAGCUGGACUACGUAAUAUACAACUUUUACAAAAACUUCGAGUGCCUAAUAAACUUGGUGAACAAGCUCAAGAACAACACCACCAAGUUCGAUUAUUUCUACCCGAAGAUGAUAGGAGACGUGAAUGAGGAAAUCAGGAAGCACUACGACAAAAAAAAAGUCAUUUUGCUGAAAAAGUCCAACAUCAAAUAUAUCCGUAUCUUCAACAAUGAGGUGAAGAGAAUAAUGAUCCUCUUCUUUGUGUCGUAUGGGUCCAAAAUAUUGGACCUGGCAUGCGGCCAUGGACAGGACAUGCUCAAAUACAACACGGUGAAAAAUAAGGUCUAUGUUGGGCUCGACAUCUCCAAGAAGGAAAUCGAGUUGGCCAAGGAACGAUUAAGUCAGAAUGAUGUAAAAGGCUUGUGUAAUCAUGACAAUUUUUUAUUUCUCCAAGGGGAUAUUUUAAAUAAUAAAUUUUUCCGAAAAUGGAAAAAUAAAAAUAUCACGUUUGACAUCAUUUCGAUAAAUUUGGCCAUGCAUUACGUGGUGUACAACGAGAAGUCAUCUAAAAAAUUUUUUAAGAUUAUAGAAAAUUUUCUGGAGAGUGAGGGCUUAUUGCUGGCGACCACCAUUUCGACCAUCACGCUGACUGACUUUUUGAUGAAACGCUCCGUCACGGAGGUGGUUAGCGACUCCAUCACGCUGAGUCUCGAAAACGACCUGUUCACGAUCCGGUUCGACCAGGAAAAUCUUCUUAAGAUUUUCAAGAAUAAAAUGUGCCUGGAGGAAUUCAUAGAAUUCGUCAACAGCAACAGCACAGUGUCUCAGAUGAAGUACGAUUACUUUCACAAGUUGAUAAAAGACGCCCUGGAAAAUACGCUGGGCAUCAAGUAUUAUUUCUAUCUGUACGAUACAAUUGACGCGAACGAGUUUGUCAUUCCGCAGAAGUAUUUAAAAGAUAAGUUGCAGGAACUAAACAUGGUUGAGCUAUUCAACAACAGCGCCAUCAUGUUUCUUCAUUAUAUCACCAACAACCUCGAGACAUACGAGAGGUACCAAAAUAUAAGCUACUUUAAGCUAAUUAAUAAAACAAUCGAUAAGUACAUUUUUAACGAUAUCAAAAUGCGGAUUAAUAAAAUUCAUGGCUAUAAUAGGGACUCCCAAAUUUAUUUUGACAUUUGUUCUUUGUACCACGUGUAUGUUUAUAAGAAGAAUUUCGAUGCGUCCAUAUUGGGAGUGGUGUAG